AUGACGAAGACGGCGAGGGAAGAGGAGUGUGAGGGGUACGGGGGCGCGAGGGCAUGUGGAGGGCCGGGAGAGGGGGGGAAGGGCGGUGGGCGGCGACCGCCGCAUACCGUCCUAUGCUAUGGCGGCGAGUAUCGCUACGCCAGGGAGGACAAGGACGCCGACGUGCAGCUGCUGCUGUUCGAGUCGUUCGGUGGGUUCGGGAAGGGGGUCGGCGAGAUCCUCUGGAAGGCGGCGAACGUGCUGCAGAACAAGCUGACGCGGGCCCAGUACCUCGAUGAGAUUGUGAAUGAGCUUGCCUGCGGCGAGGGUGGUCGAGUGCACGGAGCUAAGUGCCUCGCCGUCCUCGCAGGAGUCGCUUAG